GGCGAGUCCGGCGGCAGCGGCCUCCGGGGCUGGGGUCCGUCUCGGCGGCAGCGGCGGAAGUCUCGCGAGGGAGCGCGGCCGGGAUUUGGCGGUGCUGCCUCCCUCCCUCCCUCCUCCCUCCCUGCCUGUCGCUGGCUGCGAGGCGCUGGUGUUUGUGUGGAAGGGGGAGGAGGAGGAGAAGGAGGGCAGGCGAAAGGAGUCUGAGCCACACCAUCCGCCGAGGGGAGCGGACCGGAGCCCCCUCGCCGCCCGCGGAGCUCUCUUUCCCUCCCCUCGCCCCGCCAUGGCCUCGGGAGACACCCUGUACAUCGCCACGGACGGCUCAGAGAUGCCGGCCGAGAUCGUGGAGCUGCACGAGAUCGAGGUGGAGACCAUCCCGGUGGAGACCAUCGAGACCACCGUGGUGGGCGGCGAGGAAGACGAAGAGGAGGAGGAGGAGGAUGAGUGCUGCGAGGAGUGCGGCCCGCACCACCCGCCCCAUCACUACCACCACCACCAGCCCACGAUCGCGCUGCAGCCGCUGGUGUCGGACGGGGACCCCAGCGGGGCGGGCGGCGGCGCGGCCGGCGGCGGCGGGGGGCAGCUCCACCUGCACCACCACCACCAGGAGGUGAUCCUGGUGCAGACCCGCGAGGAGGUGGUGGGGGGAGACGACUCGGACGGACUGCGGGCCGACGACGGGUUCGAGGACCAGAUCCUCAUCCCCGUGCCGGCCCCCGCCGGGGAGGACGAGUACAUCGAGCAGACCCUGGUCACUGUGGCCGCCGCCGGCAGCAAGAGCGGAGGCGGCGGCUCCUCCUCGGCCGGCGGAGGAGGCCGCGUUAAGAAGGGCGGCAGCGGCAAGAAGAGCAGCAAGAAGAGUUACCUGAGCGGGGGAGGCGGCGGCGGGGCCGAGGGCGGCGGCGGCAGGAAAUGGGAGCAGAAGCAGGUGCAGAUCAAGACCCUGGAGGGGGAGUUCUCGGUCACCAUGUGGGCCUCGGAUGAUAAAAAGGAUAUUGACCAUGAAACAGUGGUGGAAGAGCAGAUCAUUGGAGAGAAUUCUCCUCCAGAUUACUCAGAGUACAUGACAGGGAAGAAACUUCCUCCUGGUGGAAUACCUGGCAUUGACCUCUCAGACCCCAAGCAACUGGCUGAAUUUGCUAGAAUGAAACCAAGAAAAAUUAAAGAAGAUGAUGCUCCACGAACGAUAGCUUGUCCUCACAAAGGCUGCACAAAGAUGUUCAGGGACAACUCUGCCAUGAGGAAGCAUCUGCACACUCAUGGCCCUCGAGUACACGUAUGUGCAGAGUGUGGCAAGGCCUUUGUGGAGAGCUCGAAACUAAAGCGGCAUCAGCUGGUUCACACCGGAGAGAAACCCUUUCAGUGUACGUUUGAAGGAUGUGGAAAGCGUUUUUCACUGGACUUCAAUUUACGCACACACGUGCGAAUUCACACUGGCGACAGGCCCUACGUUUGCCCAUUUGACGGCUGCAAUAAGAAGUUUGCGCAAUCAACCAACCUGAAAUCUCACAUCUUAACACACGCUAAGGCCAAAAACAACCAGUGAAAGUCGAGGAGAACGUUCUCGAACUCAAAGCAUCUUACAGGAAAAUCAAUUGGAAAGAAAUACGCCUCCCCUUUGUAUAUUGUUUCUAGGAAAGAAUUUUAAAAAGAACCCUACAAAACUAAAGGACGUGUUUUGAUAAGUAGUAAAUAAAAAGCAAAAAAAAAACCACACAGAAAACUUGAAGGUGACAUUGCUAAGAUGAUCCACCUUGGUCUGUAACCCCGUUUCAAGAACACGGUGUUUUGUAAAGUGUGGCCCCAACCGGACGGGUCAGCUCAUGAACUUGCAUCAGAAAAGACAAUUCUUUAUACAACAGUGCUAAAAUUGGACUUCUUUUCACAUUCUUAUAAAUAUGAAGCUCACCUGUUGCUUACAAUUUUUUUUAAUUUUGUAUUUUCCAAGUGUGCAUAUUGUACACUUUUCGGGGAUAUGCGUAGUAAUGCUAUGUGUGAUUUUCUGGAGGUUGAUAACUUGCUUGCGGUAGAUUUUCUUUAAAAGAAUGGGCAGUUACAUGCAUACUUCAAAAGUAUUUUCCUGUAAAGAAAGAAAAGUUAUAUAGGUUUUGUUUGCUAUCUUAAUUUUGGUUGUAUUCUUUGAUGUUAACACAUUUUGUAUAAUUGUAUCGUAUAGCUGUAAUGAAAUCAUGUAGUAUCAAAUAUUAGAUGUGAUUUAAUAGUGUUAAUCAAUUUAAACCCAUUUUAGUCACUUUUUUUGGAGAAAUACUGCCAGAUGCUGAUGUUCAGUGUAAUUUCUUUGCCUGUUCAGUGACGGAAAGUGGUGCUCAGUUGUAGAAUGUAUUGUACAGGCACUGACCGUUUAUUAACACCUGAUAAUAUGUACAUCCCCCAUGUAAUAGAAAGGACAACAAUAAAACAGUGGUCCUUAAGAAAGAAUCUGGCAGAAAAUGAUCUGUAAGCGCAGUCAAUUUUCUUUUGUUGUCCAGAGCAGUUCUAGUUCCUCUUGACCUCCCAGAAAUUGGAAGCUAAAUAAACUCAAGUUUCCUUUACUUUGCAUUCAAUUACAGUGAUUUGUGAUGCAGUUAAUACCACAUCAGGUGGUAUAUCUAAACAGAAUUGCUGACU